AACUGGACAGUCGAUUGGUUGAGCCUGUCAGAGUAGGACGUGCACCGCACCUUAUACUGAGUGUAAUAGUGAGCCAGUGCCUCCAUAGGGAUUCUACAAGUGGCGACGAGGUGAAAGGUCGCCCCACGAAAUAAAAUAUGGCAGAUCAUCUACCGCCACCCGAAAAAUUAGACCUUGAAGGUGACAGCGUCUCAGUAGGGCUAAGAUGGGAAAAGUGGAAGCGAUCCCUGCAAAUUUACUUAGAAGCUACUGAAAUAGCAAGUCCGCAAAAGAAAAGAGCAAUAUUAUUAGUGCUAGGUGGGGUUGGUCUUCAAGAAAUUUUCUAUAAUCUACCAGGUGCAAGUGUCGAGCCGGCUAAUGAUAUUGAUGUUUUUGAUGUGGCGAUUAAGAAGCUUGACGAGUACUUUUGUCCCAAACAAAAUAAAACAUAUGAAAGGCAUAUUUUCCGUCUUAUCAAACAAGAAGAUGGCGAAAAUUUUGAAAAAUUUUUAGUGAGGCUGAGAGAUCAAGCAGCCAAAUGCAAAUUUGACAAACCAGAAGAACACAUAAUAGACCAGAUUAUUGGUAAAUGUGCCUCGUCUGAAUUAAGAAAAAAAGUUUUGACAAUGGGUGAUGAAGCUGCAUUGGACAAGAUUAUCACUGUAGCAAACACUUUGGAAAUUGUGAACCACCAACUAGAUAGCUAUGAACAGAGAGACAAGAAGAAAACAGAGGAGAUUAAUUUAAUAAAUACCAAGGAUAGAAGAAAUAUGAGACCAAGGUGGGAAAGAGCAGGAAAAGAACAUGACGACAAAAAUAAUAGGUCAAAAUGUAACAGAUGCGGGAACGCUUUUCACGUAACUUCGGAUGCCAAUUGUCCAGCAAAAGGAAAAAAAUGUAAUGGUUGUGGUAAAUUAGGCCACUUUCAAAGAUGUUGCAGAACUAAAUUAUACCAACAGAAAAGAAAAUUAGAACAAGAAGAAAAUAAAAAUUAUUCUAAAAAACCACGAAAAGAAACUACAGUAAAUUUACUAGAAGAUGAACAUACUGAUUACGUAUUUAAUUUAAACGACGAUUCUACUAUACAGUGUGAAAUUGGAGGUGUAAAGUUGGAGAUGCUAAUUGAUUCUGGCUGUAAACUAAAUCUGAUAACCGAUAAAACCUGGGAACAUCUGAAAGUCAACAGAGUAUCCUGUUACAAGCAAGUCAAGGAGCCGAAUAAAAUUUUAGUAGCUUAUGGCAGCAAAAUACCACUUGAUGUAAAAGGGUCAUUCGAAGCUAUAAUUAAAAUCAAUAAUAAAGAGGAUCGAAGCACUUUUUACGUGAUAAAAAACGGAUCAAGGAAUUUACUUGGAAAGGAUACAGCAUUACGACUAGGAGUUUUAAAAUUAGGAGUUGACGUAAAUAAUAUCAGUCAGAAACAGAAGGAAGCAUUUCCAAAAUUCAAAAACGUCUUGGUAGAGAUACCUAUCAACAAAUCAGUACAACCAGUUAUGCAGCCGUACAGGAGGAUACCUAUUCCAAUUGAGGAGAAAAUAAAUCAAAAAAUUAAAGAAUUGCUAGAUUCAGAUAUAAUAGAAGAAGUAAAUGAACCUUCUCCAUGGGUUUCGCCAAUUGUGCCAAUACUUAAGGACAAUGGAGAAGUACGCGUAUGUGUAGACAUGAGGCGCGCUAACGCAGCAAUACAAAGAGAAAACCAUCCAUUACCGUGUAUGGAGCAUUUACUUCCCAAAAUAAAGAAGGCGCAAUAUUUCUCAAAGCUUGACAUAAAAAAUGCCUUCCAUCAAAUCGAACUCCACCCUAACUCCAGAUAUUUAACCACAUUUAUAACGUCUAGUGGUCUUUAUAGAUACAAACGACUUAUGUUUGGAGUCACGUGCGCGCCAGAACUGUUUCAAAAAAUAUUAGAAAAGAUGUUGAUUGGAUGUGAAGGUGUAAUAAAUUUUAUAGACGACAUUUUGGUAUGUGGAAGCAGCGAAGAUGAACAUGAUAUGCGUCUAUCUAAAGUAUUAGAGGUCUUAAAGAAUAACAAUGUGCUAUUGAACGAAGAAAAAUGUAUAUAUAAAGUUAAAAAAGUAAACUUCUUAGGACACGAACUGACACCUGAGGGAGUAAAACCAUUAUCAAAAUAUAUUGAGAGCAUAUCUAAAUUUAGGAAGCCUAAAACUAUAGAGGAGUUACAAAGUUUUCUCGGACUUGUAAAUUAUAUAAAUAAGUGGAUACCUAACUUGGCUACUACCACAGAGCCACUGAAAGAACUACUAAGGAUGAAAUUAGGAAAAAAAGCAAGUAUUGAACGUUACUGGACAGAGAAGCAAGAGGAAGCAUUUAAGAAAUUACGGGAAGGGCUUUGUAAUAUAGAUACACUAGGUUAUUAUGACAUCAAAGAUAAAAUCCAAGUAAUAGCAGACGCAAGCCCGGUUGGAUUGGGAGCAGUUUUGGUACAGACCGACAAAAAUGGACCCAGAAUCAUCGCCUACGGUAACCGAACUCUUAAUGACUGUGAGAGAAAAUAUAGCCAGACAGAGAAGGAAGCUCUUGCCCUGGUGUGGGCUAUUGAGCACUUUAAUACAUUUCUUUUUGGAAAAGAAUUUGACUUAAUAACCGACCAUAGACCGCUCGAGUUUUUAUUUAGUCCAAAGUCAAAACCCUGCGCACGUGUCGAAAGAUGGGUAUUAAGACUUCAAGCGUACCGUUAUAAUAUUAAAUAUAAACCCGGAAAGACCAAUAUUGCGGACCCCCUAUCACGAUUGUGCAAAUAUUCGGAACAGCAUCAUCAAAAGACAAUUGAUUAUGUCCAUCAAAUUGUACAACUAGCUAGACCAAACGCGAUUUCUAUGCAGGCCAUAGUCAAAGAAUCAGAAAACGACGCUGAAAUUUCACUUGUGAAAAACGGAAUUUACAAUAAUCACUGGGAUGAAUCAAUAAAAGCUUAUAAACUAUUUGCAGAUGAAUUGUGUUUUUACGAAAACAUUCUUUUACGAAGUACAAGAAUUGUUAUUCCUCAAAAACUUAGGAAGCAAGUUUUAGAUGCAGCCCAUGAGGGUCAUCCUGGAGUCGUAGCGAUGAAAGGGCGGCUGAGGUCUAAGGUCUGGUGGCCCAAGAUGGAUAAGGAAGUGGAGUUGCUCGUAAGGAGUUGCAAAGGUUGUACAUUGGUAAGUUUGCCAAAUCCUCCUACGCCCAUGAAACGCCGGGAGCUCCCAUUAGAACCCUGGAUUGACAUUGCAAUGGAUCUAUUAGGCCCACUGCCUAAUAAUGAGUAUCUGCUAGUAAUCAUUGACUAUUACAGCCGCUAUAAGGAAGUGAAAAUUACUCGAACCAUCACAAGUGCACAAAUAAUCAAAAUAUUGAAAGAGAUUUUUAGUCGUCUUGGCUAUCCGAUUUCUAUUACUGCAGACAAUGGACGUCAAUUUGUAAGCGAAGAGUUUAAGACCUUCUGUCAAGAGUGCAAUAUCAGGCUUUUUAGUACGGUACCAUAUUGGCCGCAGAUGAACGGGGAAGUUGAACGUCAAAAUCGCGAUAUUGUGAAGCGACUUAAAAUCAGUCACAGCGAAAAGAGAGAUAUGAAAGACUCACUAUACGAAUAUCUCAUGAUGUACAAUUCAACUCCCCACUCAGUUACAGGAAAGACACCUUCUGAACUCUUCUUUAAAAGAAUAAAUAGAGAUAAAAUUCCUAUGUUAAAAGAUGUUAAUUUUAAAGAAGAUGAUUUAGAAGUAAGAGAUAGGGAUAAGCUGCAAAAAGAAAGAGGAAAAGAGUAUGGAGAUCGGAAAAGGCGAGCUGAAAAUUCUGAAUUAACAGAAGGAGAUAAGGUAUAUAUAAAAGAAAUGGAAAAAGGAAACAAACUUGCCACUACAUUUAACCCCACACCUCAUGUAGUAGAAAAGGUCGGAGGUGGGGAUAUCACCGUAAGAAAUGAAGAAACUGGACAACAAUUACGAAGGAAUGUGAUACAUUUAAAAAGAGUUGAAGGGAAAUGGACAUCAUUACAAAAUGAAGAAUUCAAUGACAAUCAAUUAAGUGAUCAAUCAAGUAGUGAAUAAUUACAAUAAAUUGGACUUAGUUAUCUUAAAUGAUUAUAGAAAUGUUUAAAUGAUUUUGCGUGAUUUAAAAAUAAAAAUAAUAAUAAGGAAGGGAUGUAGUGUUUGUACUUAUCUAUACAAUAGAUAAGUUGCAUUGUCUCAUGUGCACUAGUGG